CCCAGCAGGCUGACUGCUGUCUGCAAGCUAUUUGUGGCUAUUAUGUGUCUAUAAAAGGAAAUCUGCAGGGUGAUACACACACCAACAGUAAUACACUUUGAACUUCGGGAGACAGUGCUGAAGAGGGGGCAUCUUGCUUUCUGUAUCUGCCCUGAUCAACAUUUAUCCUGAGAGAAGUUUUCUGAAGCCUGGACACAUGCGACACGUCUGGAUGGAGAGGCGUUUGAAGCAGAAAUGGACAGUUUGAAUAAGAGUCUGGGAAAGGUCUGACAUGCCACAAGAAAUAACUGAGUGAGAGCACGCAGACCGCGAGGCGAUAUGUAGCACAGUGAACCAGUGGUGGUUGGAAAUGUGAUCUGUGAGGACGGCAUGACCUCGGCAACGCUCGAUGCGAUUUAACAUUCAAGAGGGCUCCAAUGGGCAAGUUUCAAUAGGAGUGCCAUCUAAGCCUUCUUUUUUCACAUUUGUGCCAGUGGUGCACAAACUACCAUUUCAAAGCAUUAUUAGUGAAGAGGAGACAUCUGCAGCUCUCACAGGAACACCAAAUAAGAACGUAGCUGUGUCCCAUGAGAAGACAACCGGGGAGACCAUGUCGGACGGGGAGAUUUUCAAAGCAGAGAAAGUCUUUAUUAAAGACUCUUUGGAGGGAGGAGCAGGAAACAUAAUCCAACCGCUGACAGAACUUCAAUUGAAGCCUUCGCUGGAUCACGUGAGCCUAUCUCACACCGAAGCCUCUCCCUCAGUCAGCGCUCAGUCUGAAAAUACACCCAACCACGCAGCCGCCGGCACGGCCUCUAUGGAAACAGCUGUUGAUAAACACAGGGGCAUUUCCCAGCGGCAGUGUCACGAUACCUCUGGACGUGCUGAGACACACAAGAUUAAGUUAAGCUACAAAUCACUCGCUGCAAUUCCCACAAACACCCUCCUGUUGGAUCAGCAGGCGAUCGACGAGCAGGUAGAGCGAGAGGACAGUCCCUGUGACACGUUGGACAGAGAUGUUGAGGACACUCACGCUGAGAUGUGCUCACCUGCUCAGCUCCGGCAACAGUCGGAGGAACUUUACGCAGUUAUUGAUGAGAUAUUGGCGAAUUCCAUUCCAGCAACCUCCAGGUCAUCGACUCCCAACGCUGGUGUGCAGCAGAACAAUUCAACCCUUCCAAAAUCCUUGGGACGUGAAACCAAAUAUGCAUCUCUUAGCAGCUUGUACCCAUCUGCCAGCAUGGAAAGAAAGUUGAUGGAUCCUAGAAAGACGAAGCCCGGGGUUAUUCGCCCCAUGACGGCCAUUCCAAGACUGACAGUGGAGGAUGAGGAAGAAUUUUAUCCAAACCCCUUCAAGCAGUCUGUCGUCAAGCAGACUUUAACUGCCAACAAAAAGGAAAAGGUGGCAAAUAUGAGUCCCGAAGAAGCAGGGAAAGAUUUUUUCACAAGUUCUAAAGGCAAAACCAUGAGAGAGGAGAGGAAGCCUGGAAGAAGAAGUCCAUUCUCAUUAUGUGACCUGCAGAUUACAGAGCCUGAAGACCUGAUCGGCCGUCCUGUGAAAGAUGCUGCAGCGUCUUUCAGUCCUUCUGAGGGGCGGAUGGAAGCUUUUGAGACUCAUAUUUAAAGCAUUAACACAAAAGCAUUAAUCCUUAAUCCUAUCAAUUUUUUUUCAGUGAACAAUCUGCUAAAACAUAUUCAGUAUUUAAGCCCAUUGCACAAUUAAAGGAGGAACCAAAGAUUAAUUGCACCUUACCUAUAUUAGUGAAUGAGUGCAUCAUCAUAUAGUAUGCACAGCUGUUUACAGCAGUUGACUACAAGAAUUUAAGAUGCCUUACAAAGACACUAAAAAGUCAUGCAGUUGCGUUUGCUAAUUCCCAACCCCCUUGGUCUGUCAAGUUUUCUGAUCUCCCUUAGGUGCAGUUUACCAUGAUAAGUGGUGGCAGUUUCGUGUUUUGAAACAAUUAAAUUCAGACUGAGGAAGACAAAAGCUUUUCUAGUUUGCAACCAUAAAUUUUGCUGUCUCAAAUGACAAGUGCUCCUAGCAUAUUUUAUCAGCUCCAGCUAGCUAAUUAAGCUCAUGUUAGCUCUGUCACUUGGCUGAAAACACUGUCUCCCGAAGAGUUUUUAAUGAUUCCUGCUCACUUGUUAGAGACCUCUGUAAGAUGGUCUUAAAUAUGUUACAAGGUGUUGUGCUAAAAGACUGAGACUAAAUCUAGGUUACGCUAAGAAAGAAGUGGUUUGUCUGACUUCAUCAGAAGGCAGAGGUGUUUGUAUCUGUUUGUAUUAGUUAUCUGAAAAAGCCGUCCGUCAUGGAAGAAGACACUAUCCAUUAAAUAUGGGGAUAACAACAGCUAUUUUCAGACACUCUCCUGCCUUCACGGUGAUGCACUUGGCUGUGCAAUAGUUGUGUUGUAGGUGUGAAUGUUUGAUUGUUGGAUUUGGUUACAGAAACUGUCAGACUCAGCCCCUGCCGAAAGGUUUGUGUUAGUCUGCUUGUUUGACUAUAGUUGUGGGGUCCAAAAACUGGAAGCCCAUGAUACUUGUGGGGUCUGUGGUGCUUCGUGGGGACCAAAAUGCUGGACCCCAAAUGUUUAGGGCUUUUUGGACAUAUUAAGGGUUAGGGUUAGAAUUACGUUUAGGUUAUUGUUAGGGUUAGGGUUGAGGUUAGGCAUUUAGUUGGGAUAGUUAAAGUUAAGGUAAGGGGCUAGGGAAUCCAGCAUGUCAAGGAUAGGUCCUCCAAAAGAUAGCUGUACAAAUGUGUGUGUGUGUGUGUGUGUGUGUGUAUGUGUGUGUGUGCAUCUAUUUUGCCGUCUGAUGUGCAUUUCUGACAAAGUUCACCGGCGCCGCCAUCACCAGUUGAUGACUCAUGUGCCGUAAAUAAAGAAACAGCGUUGUUCUUGUAUUGCAGUAUUGAACUAGUUAAACCUAGCAUUAUAAGUAUGAUAAGAAAAAAGGAUCAGACUGUACCUUUAUUUUGUACUGUUUAUAUUUUUAAUCAGCAUGUUAACUUGAAUGUAACACUUUCUCAGAUAAAAAGACUGACUGAAAUAUUUCCUAAAUCCAAUAAAAAGCUGACAGAGCUGCUGAAGUUACCCUUGGACAGUUGGACUUUGGGGGAUGAGUUUAGCAAACGGUCAGUUGGUGCAAAACCUCCAGUAGCAACAAAAGAUAUUUCAAAUCUGAUUAUAGCCCUGAAUUUCACUUUCAAGCAAAAGCUAUUUUGAAGAAAAUGUAAAAAAGCGUACAGGCUUUUGUGUGAUGAAUUCACACGGUAAGGGUAAUUGUGGUAUAAUAUAAAAGUCACGCAAUUUUGUAACUCAACACUACUAUAAAGAAAAUACUAUUUUGAUAUUAUUAAUCGAUUCAAGGAGAAACUGUAUUAUGUAAUAAAGGACUUCCCUGUCUUGCUUGAGUUUCACUGUAUAAACCUUCCGCUGCCAAAUGCACAUUUCCAUGUUGAUAUAAAUAAAAUUACAGGCUAAUGACA